AUGGCUCCUGUCUUCUUCCUUCUACCGCUCCUACUCGGCCAGAUCCUUCUCUGUGCAGCCGUCGACACCAUCAACUCCUCCACACCCUUGUCCGGCGCGCAGAAGAUUGUGUCCAAGGGCAACAAGUUCACCUUGGGCUUCUACACCCCACCCCAAGGUACCACCACCUCCUCCAAUCCCAGCAACUACUACAUCGCCAUAUGGUACAGCAACAUACCACUGCAGACGACGGUGUGGAUGGCCAACCCCGAUGUGCCGGUGGCUGACCCAACCACUGCUGCCUUGACCAUCGGCAGCGACGGCAACCUCGUCCUCCAAUCCAAGAAUCAGCAGCUGUGGUCGACGAACAUAAGUAUUAGCUCCAAUUCCACCAUCGCUGUCCUCCAGGACAGCGGUAGCCUCGACCUCACAGAUGCCACCAAUUCAUCCAUGGUUUACUGGCGAAGCAUAGAUCAUCCCACAAACACCUGGCUUCCUGGGGGCAAGCUUGGACUGAACAAGACCACUGGUGUGAGCCAGCGGCUUGUUCCAUGGAGUAACACUGCCAACCCCUUUCCUGGGCCGUUCUCACUGGAGUUGGAUCCAAGAGGCACAACGCAAUACUUCAUUCAGUGGAAUGAUUCCAUAACAUACUGGACCAGUGGUCCAUGGAAUGGAAACAUCUUUAGCCUUGUGCCAGAGAUGACCUCUGGUUACAACUAUGACUUCCAGUUCAUCAACAAUGCCACCGAGAGCUACUUCAUCUACUCAAUGAAGGACAACAACAUCAUCUCGAGGUUCAUCAUCGAUGUGGAUGGGCAGAUAAAGCAGCUGACAUGGGUGGCUGCCUCCCAGUCAUGGAUCUUGUUCUGGUCCCAGCCAAGGACACAGUGUGAGGUGUACGCGCUUUGUGGGGCCUAUGGUAGCUGCAACCUCAAUGCACUGCCAUUCUGCAACUGCAUCAGAGGGUUCAGCCAGAAGGUUCAGAGUGAUUGGGACCUCCAGGAUUACAGUGGCGGGUGCAAAAGGAGAGUACCACUGCAGUGCCAGACCAAUUCAAGCUCUGCACAGGCUCAGCCUGAUAAGUUCUAUACCAUGGAAAGUGUGAGGCUACCUGAUAAUGCUCAGACUGCUGUGGCGGCGAGCUCUCAAGACUGUCAAGUGGCUUGUCUGAACAAUUGCUCUUGUAAUGCAUAUACUUAUAACAGUAGUGGCUGCUUUGUUUGGCAUGGGGAUCUGAUUAACCUUCAGGAUCAAUACAGCGGAAAUGGAGGAGGCACACUCUUCCUCAGGCUUGCAGCUUCUGAGCUGCCAGACUCCAAAAAGAGCAAGACAGUGAUCAUUGGUGCAGUUGUUGAAAUACCGCCGAGAAAGGACUCUCAGGAUAUCCAAGACUGCUGGGGCACAAUGAUCGCCUUUAGGUAUAGUGAUCUGCAGCAUGUCACUAACAACUUCUCGGAGAGGCUGGGUGGAGGUGCCUUUGGCUCAGUGUUCAAAGGGAAGCUCCCAGAUUCAACAGCCAUUGCUGUGAAGAGGCUCGAUGGAGUUCAGCAAGGGGAGAAGCAAUUUCGUGCUGAGGUGAGCACCAUUGGCACAAUACAGCAUGUUAAUUUGGUCCGCCUCCAUGGAUUUUGCUCAGAAGGAUCGCGGAGGCUGCUUGUGUAUGAGUUCAUGCCAAAGGGCUCCCUGGACCUGCAGCUAUUCUCUGGUGAGACAACAGCACUGAGCUGGGCUACCAGGUACCAAAUAGCACUUGGAACAGCAAGGGGCUUAAAUUACCUGCAUGAAAAAUGUAGGGAUUGCAUUAUACACUGUGAUGUCAAGCCAGAAAACAUACUCUUGGAUGAGUCCUUUGUGCCUAAAGUGGCUGAUUUUGGUCUAGCAAAGCUCUUAGGCAGAGACUUCAGCCGUGUAUUGACAACAAUGAGAGGAACAAGGGGUUACCUUGCACCUGAAUGGAUCAGUGGUGUGGCAAUAACAGCAAAGGCAGAUGUCUUUAGCUAUGGCAUGAUGCUCUUCGAACUCAUAUCAGGCAGGAGAAAUGCUGGUCACGGAGAACAGCAUGGAUCCACCUUUUUCCCAACCUUGGCUGCAAGCAAGCUUCAUGAAGGAGAUGUGCGGACCUUGUUGGACCCCAAGCUGAAUGGAGAUGCAAAUGUUGAUGAACUCACAAGGGCUUGUAAGGUUGCCUGUUGGUGCAUCCAAGAUGACGAAACUGCUAGACCUACGACUGGUCAGAUUGUUCAAAUCCUCGAGGGAUUCCUUGACGUUAACAUGCCUCCUGUUCCAAGGUCAUUGAGAGUUCUUGGCGAAAGCCCUGAUGUUAUAAACUUCUUUUCAGAUAUAUCUUCAAGUCAGACUUCCCAGACACAAAACAGCACGACAACUUCCCAGACGCGCAGUGCUACUUCAGGCAGUUCACAUCUCCAAAGUCCAUAA